CAGUUAUUGACUGGGUUGUAGAACCAGAACAGAGUUACCCAAGAGACUCCUGGCUAGUCAAUGGGAAAUAUGAUUUGUACCGUCCCCCAGAUCGAUUUGUGUAUGGCUUCAGGUAAAAAAUGCAGCACAGUGCGAGUAGAAGGAGAAGAUGUAGUUCCGGACUGCGCGGAGGGAUACAUCUGUCGGCUUGACCACGUGGCAGACGGGGAGAACCAGCAGGUGGCGCUGAGCCACGGCACGUGCGUGCCUGAUGGUGUGAACAUUGACGGCCUACCACUAGGUGUGCACACGCAUCAGUAUCUGGUGAAGACGGCCGAGGCGUUUAAGUUCGGCUGCGCCGUGGGCAAGUCGCCGUACGAGGAUGGAGAGAUCUUUAUCAGAUCACACCAUUUCUGUAAGUGCAGCCACAUGAUGGUGCGCUGCGUGGUGUCACACCGACUAGAGCAGGCCGAUGGCUCCAUCGUCAACCACACAUUACCGCUGCCCAGCUUCUGGUACGCCGAGGCGAAGCAGCAGUUUGAGGAGUCUGAGAUAGACUACGACUGGUAAAAGAUCAUCGCUAACAAUAUAUGAUCCCUGGUGUGGGAUUAUCAAUGACCAUGGAUGACCCCUGGUGUGGUUAUCAGUAACCAUGGAUGACCACCUGGUGCGUUGUUAUUAAUGAACAUGGAUGACCCUCGGUGUGGGGUUAUCAAUGACCAUGGAUGACCACCUGGUGUGGGGCUAUCGAUGACCAUAAAUGACCCCUGGUGUGGGGUUAUCAAUGACCACGGAUGACCACCUGGUGUGGGGCUAUC